GACUGACAAAGACAUUAGUAACAAAUCAUUUUCAUUAUUUUUUAUACUCUGAAUUAGAAAGUAUAAUAACACCUAAAUAACAAUAUGUCUUAUAUUACAAAAGGGUCAAGAAUCUUUGAAAGUAGCAGUUAUUUAGAACCUCCCCGAUUAAGAUCCGAGGGUCGUAUGAAAACAUAUUCAUCAGCAACAGAUCUUAGAGCUUGGAGUGAUGUUGUAGAGGAAAGAAGACAGCAUAUAUUAGAUUACCAAGCAAAAGAUCGUGUGGGUCCGUAUCCUGGGAAACUAGUUCCUGUAGAGCAUAUGGUCGAAGUACUUUUGUGUUUUAAAAACGAAAGAAUAAAACAAUUAGAAAAACGAAUUGACUACCUAGAAAAAAUUAUAGAUGUAUAUUAUUCUAAAUUAGAUCUGACGUCUGAACAGAAAGAAAAACUAGACAAAUUGAACCAUGAUCUUCAAGUUGCUUAUGGUCAGCUAGCAGUUCUGAACGAUGAAGUCUGUGAAUGUAGUUCAUGCUCUGAAAAGCCUCAAAGUAAGACACGUAGGGCAAAAUCUGAAGAAACCAGAGGAACAAGGGAUAGAAGUAAAUUACAAAGAAAAAAUUCCAUAAAAAAAAGAAAAUAUGAACGGUUAAUCGAUGAAGAUAAAGGUAAAGAUAAACUGGAUAAAAGAAUGUCAGAACUAAAAAAAGAAAUUGUUGAUAUAGAAAUGAGAUCAAAGCAAAAAACAAAAGUUUUUCAAGGUAAUGUUUCAAAUAUAACGAGUGAAGAAGAAACAAAAGAUGAAAAAGACAUGAAAAAACAAGAAACUAAAUAUACAAUACAAAAGAACUUCAAAAAAAGUUUAACGAAAACAUAUAUGGAACAAAAUUUUGUUGGAGUAGACAAGGAUAAAAUAAAACAGGAUUAUGAGAUUAAAGAAAAAUUUGAACGCGAAUAUAAAGAAAAUGGAACAAAAGUUGAUUUAGAAGAUACAGAAACCGUAGGAAUAAACUUCGAUAAAGAAGAAAACAAACCUACAAAACCCGCCAAGACCAAAGGAGAUAUUUUUUGCCUAAAAAAAGUUACAGAAGACGUAAAGAAGGAGGUAUUAAAAAAACAUUUAAAAAAUUCACAUUUUAACAAAAGCGAAGGUGGAAUUAAGGUUAUAGAUAGUGAAACUAAAAAGCACUUAAUAACCAAAGCGUUGAAAAAGCAAAUGUUUGUGGAAAAUAAUUUAAAUAUUGAAGAAAAUAAUAUGUCAGGAAUUGAGACAAAAGAAAACAGGAACAAGAAACAGAUUUGUGGCGUCCAAGAUAUUAUAGAUGAUUUAAAGAGAAUCGACUCAGAUAAAAAUCAGCCGUUUGGAGACAUACCCUUUAGAUUUAAAAAAGAAGAAAUCUUAAUUGAGAAAGUGGACAAAAUACAUUGCGAAAAUAUGGUUAAUUUGGUACCAUGUGAUUCUCAAAUAGAAUUGUCUACAUCAAGUCCACUUUUAAAUAAAAAUGAAGAUUGUGUCAAAGGCGUAAAUUUAACCGAUAAAAUACACCAAAAUAAAAAUGACAAAUUGUCAAUCAUGUCAAGAGAGCUUCAACGUUUGAAAGAACAAGAGCAUGAUAAAUAUGAUGAUAAUGAAUGUUUUGUUGUGGAAGAUAGAUUAAUAUUAGAAAGAACCAAAUUACGUAAAGAUGAAACCAUAGAUGAUAUAAUAUUUUCUAAGAAAAAAGACGAACCAAUAGUUAAUAAGGAAACUGAUUUAGUACAAUAUUCUGGUCAAAUUUCUAACAGUAUCGGCCUUGAAACCAUAUCUUCAGGGCAGCAAACGUCUAGUCUCACAACAAAACAAUCAGUUGGACAACAACUUAAACUGGAAAAGAAGCUUGUAGAAAAGAAAUCAUUUGGGCUGCAAACUGAUCAAAAUGAUUUUUUAAAUGACUAUCCUACAUCUAAAAUAGUGUCAAACCCUAAACAAAUAGAUAAGGAAUUUGAUGAAAUAUUCUCUGAUGCAAUUGAAAAUACGAAUAUUUCCACUCUAAAGCAAGAGACGAUUACUGUGCAAGAUUCAGAUAGUGAAUAUGUGGAAGCAGUUGAAUAUAUACCGAUACCAGAAAAAGUAGAAGUAAUGGAAAUACCUGACAAUAAAAAUAAAUUCAACGACGAGCACGAUGCAGUAGUAAGGAGUCCACGUUCAACAAGUUCCAAAGCUAUUGAAUCAAAAGAAGAAUUGCAUUUAUCUAUUACUGCUGAUAGCAAUCGUUCAUCCAAAUACGAUUUAUUAAUAUUGGACAAAACUAAGCCAUUACGUAUUAAAGACAAUAAAUGUGAAAGCAAUAAAUCGCGCCUUUUAAGCAAACGUAAACAGUUUAGUUACUCUAAAACUGACGAUAAGAAACAACAAACAACACUAACGAAAGAAGUGAUAUCAACUGAUAAAGAACACAAAGAUAAGUCAUCUAUGUUGAAAUCCUCAGAAUGUGGUGCAAGAAAGUCAAAAUAUACAAGAGAUAUAUCUUCUUCCAGGGACUAUAAACAUGACCAACAGCCAAGAGCUAAGUGUGAUAUAAAUUUAAAGAGUACAACCAACCAAAAUUAUUCAAGUAUAAAUAAAGAACGAAAACGUAUCUUAGAAUCUAAAAGCAGUAAAAACUCGUUGCAAAUUGUUUCUAAACAAACAAAAGAUGAACACGCACAACAAAAAAUGGCAGUUAGAGAUUUGCCACAAAUAGUUCAAAGGAAAAGCAAAAAUAUUCAGAAAGAUAAAGUAAUAUUAUCUUCAUCCCCACAACAUCGACAAGCUAAAACUAAUUUAGAAAAUAGAAAAACUAGAACUAAAGAAUAUAUUAAGAAUGAAAAAAUCACAGUUCGGGGGAAAAUGUAUCAGGAAAUGAAACAAUUGUCCAAAUGUUCUAAUGAAAUACAAUCGUUGCAAAACAGUACUGACUAUGCUAUUAAAUCAAUGAAUAGUUCGAAAGAAUUCACACAAGAGACAGAUAAAGAUAUCGCAGAUAAAAAUAAUAAAUUGCAUGAUCAGUUAGAGCCAGAUUUAAAAAAAUACGAUUUUAAAUAUAAGACAUUACGUUCCCAUAAACUUGAAAGUAUUAAUAAAUAUAGUAAUAAAAGAGAAAGCAGUUUAGAUCAGAAGGAAUCUACAGGUCAAUCAGAGUCUACCUGUAAUAAAUUAUCAAAUGAGCACGAACAAUGGUUAGCGCACAAAAUAAUGGUUGGUACAGAAGAAGAAAAAGAACAAUGUAAGGGACAAUGUGCCAAAUCUCUAUUUUCAUUACCAAUAUAUACGAGUAAUGAUACCAAACUUGAAAAUAUCGGUAUAGAAAAUAUAUGUUUGCGCAAUAAAAAUGAACAGCUAAAUUUGAGAGAAAGCAGUUCAAUUGAAGGUCAAGAGAAAAAAAUAACCCAGAACAAAAAUAAAAAGAAAAGGUGUAAAUAUCUCAAAUGUGACAUAAAAAGAGAACAUUGCGGUAAAAACAAAUUAAACAAGAGUGCAAAAGAAGACUUAACAGAAUCUACAAAACUUAACGAGGAACAACAUCGGCAAAAAGAAGUAGCAAAUACAACCAAAGAUGAAUUUCUAACUAAAGAUAAAAAACAUCAAAAAACCAAGCAAGCACUACUAAAUUCUUCCUAUAAAAAAAGACAAAAGAAAUAUUCAAAACAUAAUACAGAUAAUAAACGGUCCGAGGAAAAUUUCAGCAUAAAAUUUGGUAAUAAAAAAGGAACUGAAAUAACAAAUAAUGACAAAUUAUCACGUUCUUCAUCGCGCAAUUUAGCAUGUCGACACUUUAUGUCAAUGAAAAAAAUUGUGUCUACAAAAAACGUUUUUCCACGUACAGUACAUCACAAAGAUCAAAAGGAAUUUACUGACAAUAAAUGUCAAUUGACAGACCUAAGUAAUGGACAAAAAUCAAAAGUACAAAUAAGCACAAAAAGAUAUGUUCAAUCAAGUUCAGAUGAUGACAGUGGAACAUUGCCAAAUGAUUACAAUGUAAUUUUAUGCAACAGUUGUGAUAUUAAUAAACUAGAUGUUAAUAUAAAUAAAGAAAGCUGUUCAUCAGAUUAUCCUUCAAAAAUAGAUGCAUGUCCUGGAAUUUAUGACACAAUAACUAGCGAUCAUGUAAAACCAUUGAUUCCCUAUAAUACUUCUACCCAUAGAUACAACUACUUAGCUAAACCAGCACCAAUAACUUUGAAGAUACAGAAAGGAAUUAAUGAAAAGAUUAUAACAGCUACAAAAUCAGGAUUUUUUCUUUUAAUUCCUAGUAAUGAACCGUUAAGUCAUAAGAAAAUACCCGCAGGAUAUUUUGCCGGUGAAUCCUACUUUAAAGAAUGUAUUACUUCAAAUACUAGAUUAAAUGAAUUAAAUGUGAGGGAUAGUUAUAGUCAAUAUUUAACAGCUAAUAUAGGCAAUUGUGAAUAUACUAAUCCAAUAAUAUUUACAUAUCAAGUCAGUGAGAAAAAUCCUGAUAACGAUGGAUGCACACAUAGAUCAAUUAAACUCGUCCCAAGUACAAGACUGUCAAGAGUACUUUCGGGUGAUUCUAGCAGUUUAAGUCCAAUUAAAAUCUCUCUUUGGUCAUCUUCAAUUAACUUACCACAGAUUUUAUCUAUGGUAGAAAAUAAGAAUGCAGUAACUAGAAGUACUAGUCAUACAAGUUUUAGCCAGGAAAUGGAUCGUGGCUGCUCGAAUUGCAGUCUUCUUGAAAACCUCCAUGGUAUAAUUGAUACCAGUAGUAAUUAUAUGGAGGAUAUUAUUCAACAACAAACUAAAAGAAAUAUUAAUACUGAAUACGAUAAAGAAGAACUAACUCGUAUGUGGAAUGAAUACAGUUCAUAUAACCACACUGACUACUCAGAAAUAGGCUAUAGUGAUAAUGAAGAACUCAAGUACGAAAAAUAUGAACUGCCCCAUUUAAAAAGAGCUAUAACUUAUUCAGAACAAAGUACAACGGACGAUGAUAUUGAGUUAGAACUUAGGAAAAAUAUUGAGAAAUUAAAAUUCAAACAUAAUAUCAAACGAAACUGUGUUAACAAUACGAUUAUUUCUUCAAAAAAAGACAAACCAGAUGAUAUACAUGACUUUGAUGCAAGUAUUAAUUAUUUAGAAAAUAUUAUUGAAAUUAGUAGCAUUUCAGGACAAAGUGCAGUCAAUACCGAUAAUGAAAACGACAAUAAUACAGACCGGAAUGCAGCUGUCAUAAAUAUGUCAUAUGAUUUACAACCAGUCCAUUCAGAUAAUAAAGAUAUUUUUCAGCUUUUUUUUGAAUUUAUGGCAAAUAAUACUCAUAAAGAAAUAGACUGUUUUUCUGAACAUGAUGUACUGAACCAACUAUGUAUUAAACAAACAUACUGUUCAGAACAGAGAAAAAUUGCUACAGAUACCAUUCAACAACUAGAUAACAUUAAAAACGUUAUUGAGGAACGCGACGAUUUAAGACGGAAGCUAGAACAAUCACAACAAGAACUUGAAGAACUUAAAACUGUCAUAGCAUCAGAUAGCCCUCAGAGUAAAAUUCCCAAUUAUGGUGAAGGUCAAAGUGAAUAUAAUAAUUUAGAUAGAACUAUUGACACCACUUUAAACUACCAGCAGAUAAAUGCACUUGAAACCGAAAUCGAUCAGAUGGUUCAACAAAUAGACACAUCCCAAACAGAACCUGAACAGAUUAAGAAAGAGUUCGAAAAAGUGUUAAAACAAUAUUGCUCCAAACUAUCUAUUGUACAAAAACAGAAUAACGAAUUAAAAUCUCAGAUUUAUGAACACGACAAAAUAUUUGCAAUACUUGGGUGUAGGGAGCAUACUCCACUACAAUUACAUGAACUUAAACAUAAAAUAGAUCGUCUCAAUAGUACAAUACGAGAAAGGGAUACAUUAAAAAACAAAGUUAACAAACUUGAAAAACAGCUUUAUGCAUACAGCUAUCUUCCAGAAGAUGUAGAAAUAUUCAAGCAACGAUCUAUGCUUUUGGAUGAUGUUUUGGAAGACAGAGAUCGGUUAAGUCAAAAAGUGGAGGAACUUCGCAGUCUGGAUCAAGAAGUUACUAUUUUGAAAAAGAAAGCUUGUAGAGUAACUGAGCUAGAAGAUAAUUUGUUGAAAAUGAGUAAGGAAAAAGCAUUACUUGAAGAGGAAAUGAACGAGCUUCGUGAAAAAUGUUCAGCAGUUGAAAUAGAAAACUACAACAAGCAUGCUGAAGGUGAUACAUUACGUUCGAGGCUAAUAUGCAUGGAACAUGAAAUGGAAAGUCUGAAAUAUCUUUGCGAGGAUAAGGAAUGUCUUAUUUUAGAAAAAAAUCAUCUGAAGGACAGUCUGGACGAAUAUAUAAGAAUGCAAGGAGAUUUCGAAGAGAUGAAAAAGCAUAUGAAACGUUUGGAAGUAUUUAAAGCUGAAAGAGAUAUUUUUAAGUCAAAAUAUGAAAAUCUUAUUGGUUUAGAAUGUGAGUGUGAUAUUCUAAGAACCCAGGUUGAAAAAGCCAAAACUAUUGAAAGGGAACGAGAUGCUUUGGAAACUCAAGUAGAAGAUUUAGAAAACUGUAUCGCAGAACAGGAGAACGAAAUAAAGCGAUUAGUUUGUCACAUUGACAUGAUGGCGAAAGAAAGAGAUGAAGAGCAGUCAAAUUUCAAGAGACGUUUAAUGCAAAUGAGGGAAGAGCUAGAAAAGAAAGACAGUUUGAUUAUCACUGCCGAAGAAAAGCUGUGUUCAGUGCAAAAUGAAUUAAGAAAUUCUAUUGAAGGACUUAGUGGUGAAUCUCAAAAGUACAAAAUUAAAAAUGAACAUUUAGAAUCUAUAAUAAAUUCUUUACAACGAGAAACAAAUGAGCUUGAACGUCAAAAUGAGGAAAUAAAAUCUUUUGCUGCCGAAGUACAAAUCGAAAACCAAAAACUGUUAGAACAUAUUGUAACUCUAAAAGGAGAUAACGAAAAUUUUGUUACACACAUCAAAUACAUAACUGAAGAGAAUUUAUUGCUUAUUAAAAAAUUGGAGGAGAAAGAAGAUUCUUUAAAUACUCUUAAAGAAGUUCUUAAAGAUCACGAACCCAUACUAGAGGAGUUUGAGAAGUCAAAGUUAGGUCAGCGACGAGAUCAUCUAGAAAGUGAUUCAAUAUAUAUACUAACAAAUGAACUGGAAUAUGUAAAAGAAGAAAAUAGACAAUUACAUGAAAAAUUAAUCAAACUAAGAAAUGUAAUAAAAGAUCAAGAAUUUGAUGAAUUUUUAACACAGACAACCGAUGCAGCUGAAUCCGUAGAGUUAAACCAUCCUCUUAAAAUGUUUAAUAAACAAGACCUUUUGAAUAGAAAACUGGAAAACUAUAUAGUCAAUUACUGUAUUUCAACAGGAAUAAACACCAACAUUGAGUCUUGGCAAUGUAUUAAAGCUAAACGAAAGGCACAAGCAACACAGGCUACCAGUAGUAUAGAUGCUUCAAGUACUGCUGAUUUAGAAGUCGAAAGUUCUUCUUUUAUAUUUCAGGAAAAAACCAAUGACUAUUGUAGAGCUUCUUGUUCCAAACCAAAAGUAGAAAUGGGUACUAUGACAAGAGAUAUUCAUGCUACCAGUAGCACUCCAAGGUAUCCAUCACAAUUAAAACAUCAACCUAUCCAUACUCAUCCGCCAACGCUAGAAAAAGAUACUUCUAUACGAGGUUCAGUCAGUGAUGAAUGUAUGUGCUUAAAAAAACAACAGCCAAUCCAUACAAUUUAUGCCCCCAAACCUCACGCUAAAGAUGUAAAGAUUUUAAAAUGUUAUUGCAAACGUAAAUACUUUGUAUCAACUUCAAUUCCCGCUACAGAAGUAACAGAUGUAAGAGCUACUGUGCCAAUUCAUAGCGACGAUAAACGUCAGAAAGUACAAUAUUUCCAUGCUGUGACGCAAGAUAGAAUGGAAGUACCAAUAACACCAACACCAGUAAAAUGCACUGCAGAAUGUGCAAAAGAGAGAACGAAAGUACCACCUACGUUGGUCAAAUGCACUGCAGAAUGUCAAACUAGAAAAGUCAGACCUAGAGUAUCAAUUGAAGCAGAUAUAGAAAAACUGCCGACAUUAAAAACAGAAGAAGUUGAAUAUAUACAUGAAAAAAUCGAAAUUCUUGAACAAAAGGUAAAAAGUGAUCAAGAAUUAUUGUUAGAAGGUAUUGAAGUUUUACCUAAAGAAGAAAUUGUUGACCAAAAGCUACUACAAAAACCGGAGAAAGACGAGGAUGUAGAAGCUGUAGACGAUGUGUCUGGUAUAACAAGUGUAGAUAUGAUGGAAGAUGUAUGGUAUAUACCACCCAAAGCAAAGAUGAGUUCAACCAAAAAAAUUACAGAAGAAGAACCCUCAAGAGAGGAAAUAUUGAGGGAUGUAACCAAAAAAAAAAUACCGCUAACAGAAAAGAUUAAAAAGAUUUUGCAUAUUAAAAAAGAUGACGAAGAAAAAACCAUCCCAGAGAAAGAGGGUAUUAUUGAAGAGAAAACUGUAACAGAUAUUACACCAGAAAAAAUAAUAACUAAAAAGUUUGUACCCAUGAAAGAAAUUACCGAAGAAUUUGUGGAUGCCCCGAAAGAGGAAUUGGAAGAGUUCUAUUCACCAAGGCUUUCAAUUCCAAGUGAAUGUAAAGAACUAGAAGAACGUAUUCAAAUUCUUGAAUCCGAGUUAGCUACAGCAAAUGACACAAUCUACAAACUUCGAGAAAGUACGGGUGUAGUAGCCAGAGUAUCUGCUGAGAAUGAAGCCUUGCGAAGACAUUCAAUAGAAGUGCAAGAUGUAGCAAAAGACCAAAUUGAAGAUCUUAUUAAUCACCUCAAAAAAGCUCAACUUCGAGUCGCAGCUUUGGAAGACGAAAACAAAAGAUUAAAUGAAUUGAAUUAUAAUAAUGAGUUGGAACACAAAGAACUUAAACAAUUGAUCCAAGAACUUCAAAAGCAGAAUGAAGAGCUGCAGAAGACAAACAAACAACUCGAGGAAAAAACAUACGAUGAAGACAUUAUAAAUAAUCUCAAGAAAGAGUUAGAAAAAGUUAAAUUAGAAAAAGCUGAUAUGGAAAAAAUCUUAACUAAAGAUUUAAUAACGAGUAGUGGGAAGACAUCUUUGUUGGAGGACGAAAUUAAAAAUUUAAAUGAAAUAUUAAUAAAUUUGCAAGAUUUGAAUAAAAGUCUUGAACAGAAAUUAAGCACAUGCGUUGAGCAAAACCAAAUUUUAUCCGAUAAUUUGAACAAAACGAAGUUAGAGCUUCAGCAUCUUAAAGAUACGCAAAUAAGUGAAAAAGAAUUAGCAGCUUUAAAAAAAGAAAAUGAAAAUCUGUUACAAAAAUUAGAUAUUUCUAAUCGUGAAGUAGAUCAUUUAAUGGAAAAACUAAAAACGCCAAUAUUAGAGGACCUGAUUUCCCAGCCGCAACUAGAAGACAAAGGGGCUAUAAAAACCAUUGUUGGUGAUCUUGAGACCCAACUCAAAGGUUUGGAACCAGUUAAAGGUGCAUUAGCAACAAGAACUGAAGAUAUGCAAAAGAUUAUCAAUGAGUUAACCAAAAGGUUAGAUGAUGCUGAAAGACGGACUACAAAGGCUGAAGAGAUGUUAUCAACUUACAAGUUAAGUGACCCCACUGCAAUGUUUAAAGAUGAACUAAAUAAAUAUAAGGCGAAAAUUUUAGAGUUAGAAGCAGAAAAUAAGGAUCUUAGCAAACUUACUAACGAAAUUGAUAAACUAAGAAAAGAACUUCUAUUGAGCGAAAAUAAAAAUAAAACUUGUAGUGAGGAAAACGAACAACUAAAGGAAAAACUUCAACAUUUAGAAGGUGAAUCAGUUAAACCUACUGCAGGUUUACUUGAAACUGCGGGGGAUGAUGUACUUAAAAAUGAAAUAAAAAAAUUACAGGAAAGACUAUUAAAGUUAACAAAUGAGAAUUCCGGAUUGCAAGGCAAAGCUGCUGAACUUGAUCGUGCAUUAAAUAAAAUAGAUCAAUUACAAAAGGAAAUUGGAGAGUUAAAACGUGAUUCACUGAAAGAAGCAAAUGACAUGGGAAAAUUGAAAAGAGAACUGGAAAACGCAUUAAAAGCUAAAGCAGCUGAUGCUAAUAAAUUAGAUUUGUUAGAAAAAGAAAAGACGAAAAAUCUUACAAGUUUACAAAGUUUAGAAAAUGAAUUAGCUAAAUUAAAGAAAGAACUAGAAAGUUGUCUGAGCACUGCACAAGAAUCUUCUUCUAUUAUAUCUAAACAGCAGGAAGAAAUUGCUGCACUAAAGAAAAAAAUGAAUCAACUAGAAGGUGAUAAAAAUAAGAUCAAAAAAGACUUGGAUAAUGCCGUUGCAGCCUUAAAAUAUGCAAAUGAAAAACAAGAGAAGAAAGCAAGUGAAACUGACAAAAUUUUACAGCAAUACGAACAAUUACUAAAGGAAAAUCAAAGAGUACUAAAAGAAAAUGAAAAACUAAUGAAAGAUGAAGAAUUGAGUAAAAAAGAAAGAAGUAAAAUUAUGGCUGAAGCUGAUAGGGAGGUAGUCAGACAAAGAGAAAAACCUACAAAAUUAGAACCUGAGAUUGCGAAAAGAGAUGAAGAACUUAAGGACUUGAUAGAUAAACUCAAAAAGCAGGUAUCAUCUUUACAGGAUCAAAAUUCCCAAUUAAAUAAGGAGAUCGAAAGAAAUCGAAAUGAACUACUGAAUUUAUCAAAAACGGAGGAAAAACAAAAAAUUUUAACUGAUGAAGUUAAUAAAGCAAAUACUGAAAAUGUAAGAUUAAAUGCAGAACUUAAUAAGAUAUUAGAUGACCUUCAAAAAACAACAGCUACCAAUAUACAGAACCAAGAGGAAAUAAAAAAAUUGAAACAAAAGUUAGCUUUACUAGAAUCGGAAAACGAUCGAUUGAAAAAAGAAAUUAAUAGUGUCCUAGAUGAUUCGAAAUCGUCCUCUGCUGAGAUUAGUAAGUUAAAAGAUAGUGAACUGACUGUGAAACAACGCCUAGCCCAAUUAGAAGCUGAAAAUCUAAAAUUAAAAAAUAACUUAGAUGCUGCAAAUGCUACCAACAAAGGUAACGUAUCUAAAAUUGAACAUUUAAACUCAACAAUUAGUAAAUUGCAAGAAGAAAAUAAAAAUCUUAAGCAUAGUUUAGAUCUGGCCAUGAAAGACUUAAGUUCUAGAGAUGAAGCAGCAAUUUUUAAACAAAAGGCAGCACAAACCGAGGACGCUUUAAAUAAACUUAAAAAAGAACUGAAUGAUGCAUUGGACGAUCAUAAGAAAUGUCCAAAAGUAAUAUCCCAAUUGGAGAAAGAAAACGCUAAACUGAAAAAGCAAAUCACUGAUCUUGAAAAGGAAAAUGAAAAACUUAAGGGUCAGUAUGAAGGAGCGAUGGGAGAUUUUAAAAAAACAACUUUGGAAUUGGAAAAGUUAAAAGGUGAAGAUGCAAAACUGAAGAAACAAUUAUCACAAUUAGAAAAUGAUAAAAGUGAGCUAAACAAGGAAAUCGUAGUUAUGCGUACAGAAUUAGGAAAGAUCGAUUCAUUACUAUCCAAAUCAAAAGAUGAUGUUGUAGCUCUAAAACAAAAAAAUGCUACAUUAGAAGAUGCAAAUAUAUCAUUUAAAAACAAUCUAGAUUUAGCAUUAAAAGAUAAAGACAAACUACAAAAAUCCUACAACGAUUUAAAGAAUGAAAAUACUAAAUUAAAAGAAAAAAUAGUGCAGUUAGAAUCUGAAAAUGCAAGACUUAAAAAAGAUAUAGAAAACUUAACUUCAGUCGCUUUGAAAAAGGAUAUUCAUGUAAAAGAUGACCUUAUAUCAAAAGACCGACUAGCUGAACUAGAAAAAGAAAAUAAAAAAUUGAAGGGUGAGCUUAAUAUCAUUCUAGAUGAAGCCAAACAAAGUGCUACAGCUAAAGAUCAUGAAAUAAAACUCAAACAGCAAUUAGCGAAACUAGAAGCAGAACACAAUAAACUUAAAAAUGAAUUAGAAGCAGCUUUAGCACAAGCACAAACCGGUAGUGGACAAGUAUCCCAUUUGAAAAAUGAAAACAAUAAACUAGAACAAAAAAUUCGUCAAUUAGAGAGUGAAAUAUCUAAUUUAAGAAAAGAUCUUAAUAUUGCUUUGGAAGAAGCCAAGAAAGGAGCUACAAGUAUGAGUGCGGCCCAGGAUGCCGAUGCAAAAUUGAAGCAAAGACUAGCUAAAUUAGAAAAAGAUAACAAUAAAUUAAAUAAAGAUCUCCAAUCGGCAUUAAAGGAAGCUAAAUCUGGUAGUGAUGCUACAACAAAUCUACGAGAUGAGAAUGCAAAACAAAAACAGUUGGUUCUUCAGUUACAAGCAGAAAUAGCAAAGUUAAAGGAAAAAGCUGAUGCAGCUGAAGAUAAGGCGAGAAAAUUAAUUGCAACUGAUGAUGUAGCGGAUUUAAAGAAAAAAUUAAAACAACUUGAACAACAAAAUUCUAGCUUGAAACAAAAUUUAGAUGGAGCUUAUGGUGACGCUAAAAAUACAGCUGAUGAAAAUUCAAGACUUAUCGAUGAAAAUGCUGAACUAAAAAAACAAAUUAAAAGCCUCCAAAAUAAGUUAGAUUCUGCAAAACAGGCUUUAGUAAUAUGUGAAGAUGAGAAGAAACAACUUAAUCUUAAUAUUGCCAAGAUGAAAGAAAACGAAGUUAAAAUAAAAAAACAACUACUAGAACUAGAAAAGGAAAACGUCGGUAUGAAACAAACUCUUGACACCUCUCGAGGAGAUAGCAAAGUUGCCAAAAAAGCAGAGGAUGAUAAUGUUCGUCUUAAAGAUGACUUUUUGCAAGCACAAAAAGAAUUGGAGACAGUUCAGGGUAAGUUAAAAGAUGCACUUAAUGAAAUAAAGAAAAAGACAAACGAAAUACAAAAACUCAAAGAUGAUAUAGUGGUUCUUAAACAAAAAAUUGCUACCUUUGAAAAAGAGAUCGCAACUGUUAAAAACGAUUUGGAUACUUGUCUUUCUGAAAAUUUAGAUUUAAAAAAAGAUCAAGGUGACAAUAUGUCUUCGAUGAGAAAACAAUUCGAGAACGAUAUAAAGAAUAUAUUGAAGAAAAACGAGGAGAGCGUAGAUAAACUUCAAAAAUCUUAUCAAGAGAAAAUUCAAUCGCUAAAUAAAAAGCACGACGCUGAAAUGCAAGUGCUUAAAGAAUCUCUUAGAAAAGCCUUAGAAGAACUGGAUCAAGUAACAGCUGAACGUGAUCAACUUAAAGUUUUGCUGGAAGAUCAGCAACGAAAAAGUUUAAGUAUAAAGGAAAAAGUUGAACAAGUCGAAGAUAUUAUUACUAGAGAAAGAAGAAGAAGUCAAGACGAAAGAUUAAGAGGUGAUUUACUGGCUGAAAAACUUGAUGAACAAGAAAAAGUAACAAAAGAAUUAAAAGAAAAGGCGGAACGAUUUAAACGAAAAUCCGAAGAAUUAGAGCGUAUUAGUGCGGAAAUCAUUAAGAAAGCAACUAUUUCCGAAAAGGAAAAGCAACGUUUAAGAAAAGAUAGUUUAGAAGCAGUAUCUGGACACAAGUUAGCUGAUGAUGAUUUGGCAAAGGAUCGUCAACUUCGUAAGGACAAGAAAGAUAAAGCUACACUGAAAGCCGAAACAUUCAAAAUUGUAUCUCUAGAAGGAAUAAUGCCCAACGUUAUACCAAUAACUACACCACUUUCAGAUAAAGAACUUAAAUUCUUUGGCAAGAAGAUAUGUACUUGCAAGCCCAAUAUACACGAUAUUAUUAAUAAAAUCGCAGUGGAUGGAUUAGAAAGUUUGUCAAUAGAAGAGUUACAAUUUUUGCAUUUCAAAUUAUGCGAUGCUACAGCAGAGCAACUUGCAAAAGUAGGACAAUCAAGUGGAGUUCUGAGGCCAAAUGAAAACAGCAAAUUGGGUUUGUUAAGGAGAAUUGCUGCCUUAGAAGGAGACCUUUUGAAGAAACAAAAGCAUGCCCAACAAAAAGUUAUCGCAAUGCAAUAUGCAGUGAAACUGGAAAAAGAACGUCUUCUCGACCUGAAGAAGAUUUUGGACGAGGAAAAAAAGAAAAACAGUGACUUGUUAAAUCAAAUAGAAUCACAAACUAAGAUUGUUGCCAAUAUUCGUGAAGAAAGGGAUUCUAUACAGCGGCAAAAAUCUUAUCACGAACAGAAACUAGAACAAUAUAUCGUAACUAUAGAAGAAGAGCGAGCAAAAACUAGACACUUGGAAGACGAAUUAGAAAAAGAAAAAACGACCGUACUGCAUUUUAAAUCACUUUUAGAAUCAGAAAGAGACCGAGCCAGACUCAAUAAAAGAAAAGACAGUGAGGCAUUGGAGAGAAUGCGGACAAAAUUAGAAAAAACCACUAACAGUGAAAUGGUCUUAAAAAUGAAACUUCAAGACAGUUCGAAAACAAGAAGUCAUUCUCCUUCCAUGCCAGUAAAAGAUGUAUCAUCUCAUCCUAUGUCAACAAAAUCUAGAACUUAUUUUUACAGUUCAGCGUCCGACAACAGACACCUAAGAGCUGACAGCGUAAGAAGAUUGUCAUACAACAAUUUAUCAACAAGCCGACUUGAAAAGUAAAAACUGCUCCGUAUUUUAAAAAAUGUGCAGUGCUGUGUAUGUACUAGUAUUAAAAAUACUGAAUAUAUUGUC